AUGUCGAUGUAUCCGCAUCGCGCCAUGGGGGGCGGCCCCCAGGGUAAUUCUACUCGCCUGAAUGAGUUGCUCGAGCAAAUUAGGGUUGAGUUUGAUACUCAAAUGCGUACGACUGAAAACUAUGAGCAUCAGAUUGCCGCGCAAGUCAGCGAAAUGCAAAUGGUCCGUGAGAAGGUCUAUCAGAUGGAACAGACUCACCUCGCUCUAAAGCAGAAAUACGAAGAAGAGAUUGCCGGUCUGCGACAUCAGAUCGAUACGGCCAGAAAGAACGGCCUCCAGCCUGGUAUCCCGGGCCCACCUCAACAUGCUGCUCCCUCACAGCAGCCUCCAUCCAUUGCCCCCGGCAAUGGUCUUUUCAGCGGCAUCAUGGCUGGUGGCAGUCAGGGAGGUCUUGCCCCCCCUCAACAGGGCCAACAGCAGAGCCAGCAGGGCCAACCCCAAGGUGCUCAGCAGCAGCAACAAUCGCAGCAGGGCCACGCCCCUCCUCAAGAGCAGCCCCUGGGACCUCAGCACCAGAUGGGCCAAGGUCCUCCUGGCCUUCCUGUCCCUCCUCCUCACCCUAAUGCACAGCAAGCUCCUUACUCUCAAACCUACCCUCCAGGUCCUGUCUCUAAUGGAAUGGGGCCUCAGCCGCAGAGCACUGCCUCACCCGGUCCAGGUAGAAGGGGUGUUGGUCGUCCUCCAGGUACUGUCGGCGGUCCUGCAACCCCCCAGAUUAAUACUCCCGUUCCUUACCCUGGAAGUGCGGCUUCGCCUCAGGUUAGCCACCCGACUCCCGACCACGGUCGAAUGGGCGGGCCUCAUGCACCUGCUGUGGGAAACGCACUUGGCGACCUUGAGGUUGAUGCUGUGGCUCCCCACAACAAGAAGACUGGCCAGGAUUGGUACGCCAUCUUCAAUCCUCAGGUGCAGCGAGUCCUUGAUGUCGACCUCGUCCACUCUCUCAACCACGAAAGUGUCGUUUGCUGUGUUAGAUUUAGUCACGACGGCAAAUAUGUUGCAACUGGCUGCAACAGAUCCGCUCAGAUUUUCGAUGUUCAAACCGGUGAAAAGGUUUGCGUGCUUGAAGAUCACAACGCCUCUGAUAUGAGCGCCGAUCUCUACAUUCGCAGCGUUUGUUUCAGUCCUGAUGGCCGCUACCUAGCCACAGGUGCCGAAGACAAGUUGAUUCGAGUCUGGGAUAUUCAAACCAGGACCAUCCGAAAUCACUUUUCUGGUCACGAACAGGACAUUUAUUCGUUGGACUUUGCUCGUGAUGGCCGAACCAUCGCAUCCGGUAGUGGUGAUAGGACCGUCCGCUUGUGGGAUAUCGAACAAGGCACAAAUACCCUCACACUCACGAUAGAGGAUGGUGUGACAACUGUUGCCAUCUCUCCCGAUACCCAGUUCGUCGCUGCAGGCUCCCUAGACAAGAGCGUGCGGGUUUGGGACAUCCACUCUGGCUUCCUUGUUGAGCGCCUUGAGGGACCCGAUGGACACAAGGACAGUGUCUAUUCUGUUGCUUUCUCACCCAGCGGAAAGGAUCUCGUUUCUGGUAGUCUGGACAGGACAAUCAAGAUGUGGGAGCUCAGCGCACCCCGUCAAGGAAACCAGCCUGGUCCCAAGGGUGGCAAAUGUGUCAAGACAUUUGAGGGACACCGAGACUUUGUUCUAUCAGUUGCUCUUACUCCUGAAGCUAACUGGGUGCUUUCUGGUUCUAAGGAUCGCGGUGUACAGUUCUGGGAUCCCAGGACAGGAACCACACAGCUCAUGCUGCAAGGACACAAGAAUUCCGUCAUUUCUGUUGCGCCAAGUCCUCAGGGCAGGUUCUUUGCCACCGGCUCUGGUGACAUGAAGGCUCGAAUCUGGUCUUACCGUCCUUACCCUUGA